UUGGUAGUGUGUGUUGUUGUUAACCACGCUUUCAUUAAUUGCUUGCCAAACAAGGGUUGGGUAUUAAAGUGAGUUGUGGCUGUAGCGUAAUUUAGGUUUUCUUUGUUUUGGUGUUCUUUCCACUUUGGUACAAUCAGAUUUGUGACUUAGUGCAAGUAGCAGUCAGGGUCUGACUCUGCUAGCCGAUGGCUAAUGUUCAGAAUGUGUCCAGACAGGGACAUUCUACUGGUACAAUCUUGUCAAACAGAUCAGAAAACAUUACGGUGAUAACUCCCUAUGAAGAACGUAGAGCCCAAACGAGGAAGUCUGCGUCGAUGUUUAUGCGGGAACCAACUUCAAACAGAUGGAUGCAUCGCACAACCAUCAAUUUUAAUUUAGAAUCACCGGAUGCAAGCACAUUCUACAAAACGUCCUCAAAAUCGGCUUUUGCAGGUUCAAAAACUCUACCAGCAGGGAUGAGGUCAGGUCGAUGUCCAACACUUCACGCUUCUCAUUUUGAUAUCAAUAUGAGCGACAAAAGGUACUUUGGUACGUUCUACAAGAAAUCUUUUUCGGACAAACUUGUUGAACAUCCAUCAUCUUUAAGGUAUCCUGCACUAAUUAAUAGAAGUCACAGUCUGGUUGGAAGUGAUAUGCAAGCAGUGUUGACUCGUAAAGGAAAUAAAUUAAAUUUUUGGAGUUCUUAUGCUGAUACGCACUCUAGGCUCGGCUUACAACGGGGAGAAGGCAUGCAGAGACCUUUAAAGCCUAUGCGAAAAUAUCAUGUUCUCUCAGGAGAGGAUCUUGGUACUGAAUCCAUAAGAGAUUUGCACAGAAUUUCAGGAAAUCGAAUUUUACACAAGAGAAGGCAAGGUGCUGAGGCUGUCUCUUAUACACAUCUAGAUGUGUAUAAGAGACAGGUCAACACAUAA